GGCUGUGGCAGUCGAGUCUGGAAAGGUCAAAAGUCGGGCCAUUUCAUUCUAAAUUCAGCUUUCCGAAAGCAAGUCAGCCUUUACAUUUGUCUGCUCAUUUUCGAAAGGAUAUGCCACGUCAACGCUCGGAAAGUCCCAGAUCCACAGGAUCAAUGCGUCGUCAAAGCAGUCGAAGCAGCCAUGUCUUCGCGUCAAGGCCAUCUCGUGGAAGCAGCAAGGAUCUGCCGGCAGUGCAGAAGCCCAAGAAGGAAUCCUUGCCAGCUGCAGCACCUGCUGCCUCGGCAGCCCCCUCCACAGAGGCCAAAGGUCCUAGCGCGGGAGAACGGUUCAAGGACAUGGCCACCACGGCUGCUGGCGUGGCAGCAGGAUCAGCCGUGGGCCACGCUGUGGGCGCAGGACUCACCGGAAUGUUCCAGGGACGUGGUCAGGCAGCCCCGGCCAAGGAGCAGCCUCAGCAGGAGGGCUCCUUGGGAGCUUCCGCUUCGCAGUCGGCGCCGCGACCUCAACUAGUGGAGGAUGGUCCCUGUGCCUUCGAGCUGAGGCAGUUCCUCAAGUGCACCGAGGACAACAGUGGUGAUCUCUCCGUUUGCAGGGAAUUCAACGAGGCAAUGCAGCAGUGUCGGCGGCGCUACAAUGUCUGAGAUCCAGUUCUGAGAAGCACAUCAAUGAGAUUGUUCUUAAGCAUACAUAUUAAAAUUCAAUUCGCAUUUGGCUGAGAUAGGCUACCUGAAAAUAAAUUUUUUCGAAAAAUAAAGCAUA